AUGGGAGCUCAAUUCUAACAAAAUUAAAAUGCACAAAAUAAAAUCGACGAAUUUGAAUUAAGAAUAACAAGACUUGAAAAUAAAGUUGAUUCCUUUAGAUAAUGCAGUUGCAAAUAAGGUGAAGAUUUGGAGGAAUUAGUUGGAUCAGCUGUAAAGAAAUAAUUUGAUAUCUACUUUAAUCAAUUCAAAGCUAAAAACUACAAUUUCAUUUAAGAUACGAUAUAUCAUACCAAGAAAGAGGUAGAUUUACUUAAGUAAAAUUAGAUAAAAUUUGAAUAAAAAAAUGAGGAAAGGCAUGUAGAAAUUCUGUCAAAAAUAAAUGGCUUUGAAUAGAGAUUAGCGUCUCAUUCAUCUUCAGAUUUAUAGAGAGCAAUUUCUCUCAAAUAAGAAUAAGUACUUUAGGAAAGUAAUGUUAAUGUAAAAAACUGGGGAAUUCAGUAAUCUCUAAAAAGUCAAGAUUAGGUUUCCGAUAAAAAUGAAAAUUCAGAAGAAUAAAUUCAAUAAUAGAAUCUUGAGUUCUAAUCAAAGAAAUAAAUUAAAGAUCAUAAGAUAGGUUAAAAUCAAUCAAAUUUACCUAAUGUCAUGAUAGAGGCAAUGCUAAAGGAACAGAAAGAAUAGAGAACCAGUGAUAAAAAAUAGGAAUCAAGUGAUAUUUAAAGGGUUAUAUUGAAUAUUAAUUCUGGAACUGGAAACUUACAACAAAUUGCUGUUGCUGAUAAUAUUACUGGAGAAAAUUAAGAAGAUAAAGCCAAACAAGAAGACUAAGUUGAUAAUGAAUAAAAAGAAUAUGAUAAUCAAUAAAAAGAAUUUAAUUAUUAUGAAUGA